CGCUACAGUUACAAAACACCGAGGUCAUCCUAGUUGAAUUCAGUGGAUGAUUUCUGCAGUGACUGGCCAGUCGCUCGGGACUGACACUUUGGGGGCAGUAAUGUAGCCUCUUCCGGCUAUCAGCGCUGUAUUUACGCUUACGGUGUGAGCAGUGAAGAUGCUUAGAAUGUAUAAUUAUAUCACAAUGGCUCGCAUUUCAUACAUUAGAAACAUGCCAGAAGUGCACCCUUUCUUAUGUCAUUUCGCUCAGAUGAACCUCCUGGUCCUCUUUGGAGUCCUGGCCAUUGUUGUCGACAAAUCUAAGGUUGAAGCCGGAGGCGUCGGAUAUGGCGCUGGAUAUGGAGGCCUCGGCUACGGCGGUCUCGGCUCCGGCAGCCUCGGGUACGGAGGACUUGGAGGUCUCGGUUACGGAGGUCUUGGUUCUGGCGGCCUAGGUGGCGGCGUGGGGGGCGUAGGCGGCGUAGGUGUCGGCAGUAGCGUUGCUUUAUUGAGCGGGGGACCUGCCUUCGCCAAGGCCGUCGCUGGUCCUGCGUUCGUGGUGAGGACGGUGCAUCACGUCAACCAGGUCAACAGUGGAGGUGCCCUUCUUGCACACUCUGGCCUUGGAGGAGGACGAGGGAUCGGUUACGGAGGUCUCGGCGGCUUUGGCGGCGGCUACGGAGGAGGUUACCGCUACGGAAGUGGCUACGGCGGCGGCUACGGCGGAGGAUACGGCUACGGAGGAGGUUACGGAAGCGGCUACGGAGGUUACGGCUACGGAAGCGGUUACGGAAGCGGCUACGGAGGUUACGGCUACCGAAGUGGCUACGGCGGUGGCUACGGAGGAGGUUACGGCUACGGAAGUGGAUACGGUGGACGUUACGGUUACGGCAGCGGCUACGCCAAGAAAUCCUAA